CUCCUCUGGAGUUAGCGCCUCACUUACUCUCUCUUACACACACACACACACACACACACACACAUAGCUGCUCAGGACUGAUAUUGCUCAAGAUAUUCCGUUUCAUUCUUCAACCAAGACCGAGAAAAGUCUCCGAGGGGAAGAGGAAUCCAUCUCCAUAAGAGAGAAAAAAGAACAGCGACAGGUCUCUGGCAUCUGCAAGCAUGACUCAGAGUAACGGGGAGAACCCGCUACCGAGGAAUCGGGUGCAGCAAAUCCGACAGGGUAUACAGAGCCGCACACUGAAGGCCAGGAAGAAAGUGCAAAAUAUCUCCAAGGAGGACGUGAAGGGCUUUUUCACCAGAAAUGCCUUUGUCCUUCUCACCAUUGCAGCAGUCAUUUUAGGGAUCAUAUUGGGCUUUGCAUUGCGUCCUUAUAAGAUGUCGUACCGGGACGUGCAGUAUUUCUCUUUUCCUGGCGAGCUGCUCAUGCGAAUGCUGCAGAUGCUGGUGCUCCCACUCCUGGUCUCCAGUUUGAUUACAGGGAUGGCUGCUCUGGACAGCCGAGCAUCUGGCAAGAUGGGAUUGCGCGCAGUGGUUUACUACACCACCACCACUGUCAUCGCUGUCUUCAUUGGCAUCGUCAUGGUCCUCAUUAUCCACCCGGGCAAAGGUGGCAAAGAUGAAUUCAUCACGCAAGAAAAGAUCGAGCAAGUCAGCCCGGCCGACGCCUUCCUGGACCUCAUCAGAAACAUGUUCCCCCCGAAUAUUGUGCAAGCAUGCACACAUCAGUUCAAGACCACAUAUGGAAAGCGAGUGGUGCACAUGAGGAUCACAGUAAAUGACUCCAUUUUCAACCUGACUAAUGGCUCUCACGUAAUCACUCGGGAGGAGGUGAUCCCCGUCCUUGGGACAGUGAACAGCAUCAAUGCCCUGGGCCUGGUGGUAUUCUCCAUGUGUUUUGGCCUCAUCAUUGGGAACAUGAAGGAGCAAGGACAGCCUCUAAAAGACUUCUUCGACUGCCUCAACGAGGCCAUCAUGAGGCUGGUAGCCAUCAUUAUGUGGUAUGCCCCAGUGGGUAUCAUGUUCUUGAUAGCUGGGAAGAUUGUGGAGAUGGACGACAUCACCCAGAUGGGCAGUCAGUUGGCCAUGUACACGGUGACAGUCAUCGUUGGCCUGCUUAUUCACGCCAUCGUGGUGCUGCCCACGCUCUACUUCCUUGUCACGCGGAAGAACCCCUUCGUGUUCAUCGGCGGUCUGCUGCAGGCUCUCGUCACGGCCGUCGGCACGUCGUCCAGUUCUGCCACACUGCCUAUCACGUUCAAGUGUCUUGAAGAGAACAACAAGGUUGACAAGCGGGUGACGCGCUUCGUGCUGCCAGUGGGCGCCACCAUCAACAUGGACGGCACAGCUUUAUACGAGGCUCUGGCUGCCAUCUUCAUUGCCCAGGUCAACAAUAUGGAUUUGAACUUUGGCCAGAUUCUCACCAUCAGCAUCACAGCCACAGCCGCCAGCAUUGGUGCAGCUGGAAUCCCUCAGGCUGGUUUGGUCACCAUGGUGAUUGUGCUGACCUCUGUAGGACUACCCACUGAUGACAUCACCCUGAUCAUCGCUGUGGACUGGUUUCUUGACCGACUCCGGACCACCACUAACGUGCUUGGAGACUCCAUCGGAGCAGGCAUUGUGGAGCACCUAUCCCGACACGAGUUGGAAAAGAAGGAUGCGGAGAUGGGCAACUCAGUGUUGGAGGAGAGUAACAAGCUCAUCCCUGACUAUGACAACAAGACACCUGAUAGUGAAACCAAUAUGUAGAGCGGCUUCAUGCAGUUGUGGGUGUCAUUUUUGUACAGAAAAGGAGAAUAAUGGUGUACAAAUCUGGGAUGUUUCCCUAAUGGUCUGAGUAAUAAUGGAACCUGACUUUUCAAGUCGAGGAUAAAGACAAAGCUGAAGUUUGAGCUAGUGUCAACCAAAACAGGCCCAGCCCUGUGUACAGUUUUUAAUCAUUCGAUCAUGGAUAUUUUUUUUGAAUGUUCAAUUAGAUAUUUUUCCAGAAUUAUAAGCACAAAUGCUGUGAUGGUAGCUUUACAUUCUGUGUUUUUUGUAAGCUUGUUCUUCUGUGGGUCUGUUUUACAUUUUUUUUUCUAUUGUCAACUGGAAACAUUAUUAGGGAGUAACUGCAACUGUUAGGUCAGUGUCAAAUAUGCACUCUGGGCAGCAUAUUUAGAGUGCUGCAACCACGGGGAAUAGAACAGUUAAUACCAAAUUGCCAAAUUACAACAAUUGUUUUUACAUAGAUUUAAUCUGUACAAUUAGUUAGUUAAGUUAGCCUAGGGGAAAACUGUUCAAACUCUUAGGGUUAUAAUGCUGUGAUAGAAUUGUGUGAGUAUAACAUAUAAAUAAAACAGAUUUUGAGAAGCAGUGAAUUUUUUAAAAGGGCAAAGAAGGCACAACACCAAACCGGAUAUUUCUGAUGUCAAGCUGCAUAGAUUCCAUACCAUGUUGAGGCAUCUAAGACAGCUUAAAUACAUGUGACUGUAUGAGACUUGUCAAUGAUGGCUUUUUGCAUUUAUUCUAGGAAGCUAACAAACUGUUUCUGUUAAAUGUGAUUACCUGUAGGUACUGAGUAAGGGAGAGAGAAAAGAUGUCGACAUUUGCUUUCCACUUACAAUAACCCUGAUGUGAACCACAGUGGUUCGGAUGAUUUAAAGUCUACCUGUAUGCCUCUUUCACAUUUGGUGAAGAGGUGUUUUUGAAAUUGUACAGCAAAUAAAAGCCCCUCUUUUACAGUU